AUGGCAGCACCCGCGCUGCAGACAUUGGCACCUCCUGGACUAUGCCAUCAUCAGAGUGACUCCACUGUUGGGAAGAGUGCACUGGUGCACGCAUUUCGCAGUGAAAGUGCUCACUUUCUGAAAAAUUAUACCCUGACAACUGGAGUGGAAGUCUUUGUUAAUUCGGUACCCAUCCCAGACACUGCUGACUGUGUGGAACUCUUCUUAUUUGAUUCUUCAGGGAAAGAAAUCUUCUACGACAUGGUGGAAAGCCAGUGGGAGCUUGCGGCUGCUGUUUGUCUUGUGUACGACAUCACCAAUGAGGCGUCCUUUAACAGUUGCACAAAGUGGCUGGAAAGGGCCCGAACACAGGCACCUACUGGCCAGCUGGCAGGAGUUCUUGUGGGCAAUAAGACUGACUUAGCAGGUAGGCGUACUGUAGAGUACAGCCAGGCUCAGGAAUGGGCAGCGGGCCAGGGCAUGGAGUACUUUGAGACCUCUGCGAAAGAGAUGGAGAACUGUGAUGCUCCAUUUCAGAGUCUUGCCAAAGCGUUUCACCGCACGUAUGAAGAGAAACUAGAACAUAUCCGAUCCAUCAUCUGACCCUCUUUCCCCCCACAGGCAGGCCUUGCAGAGGCUUUGCAUUAUACCCAAAAACAUCCCCCCCACCCUCCAUUUCAUAUGUGAAGGCAUAGCAUCUCUUGCCCACUCCAGAGUGUAGCAUUCUGUGUUGACUCUUGUAUUUUCUAUUUCUCCUGUGACCCAUCCUGGCCUGAGCUGGGCCACACUCUCCUCUUUACAUCUGUCUGUUUCCAUGUGUUUGUCUGUCUGUUUUGCUUCUAAUCUCUGCACAGUAACUCACCCUGGGUAAGAGAGAGGUGAAAUUAGCCUGGCUUCAUAAUGUCUCUGUCUCUGUCCCUCAUGCUCUCUUUCACGCUCUCUCUCUCUCUGCACACCCUGUAUGUCAAACAGAAGAUCUGUCUGGAAGAGGUGCUGUGUGAUUCACUGCAGCACUGGAUACAGAUGCUGCAUUUUAAGCAGCAGUUAAGGACCUGUAAAAGCUUCAAGCUUCACUUCAGAUGGGAACUGUUGGGGUGGGGUUUGUGAAGAGGUGUGUGGAGUUCUUGUUACCAUUGGGGAACAGUUUCCUGUAAAGUAACUCAGCUGAUGUGACUGUUAUUCCACCUGCAUACCUUGGCCAAUACAGAUAUUUAGGUUGGCAGGCAACAGGCUUCUGAUUCCCGAGAUUCUGAGUCAGAGUGGAGGGAGAGGCCCAUUUCCAUUAGUUGUUGCUUUGUUAUUAGUUUUCAAGCUCCCUAUUUGCUUUAAUGGAGUAUCUUUACUUUCACAGAACAGUUUUUAUUAAAAAAAAAUCCACUGCACAACA